AUGAUUAUCACUCUACUCCUAAUUACUUUAUUGUUAUUAUCAGUAAGUUCAAUUUUGGGUCUUUGUCCACCGAAUUGCACUUGUGAUGAGUACCAGUUAUCUGUAAAUUGCAAUAAUAUUAAAUUACCAUAUCUUCCACCUUUGUUAAAUCCUGGCAUUCAAACUUUGAAAUUAUCAAAAUGUCACAUCGAACAGGUUGAUCCCGACAUUAUGGAAUUAUAUCCAGAUAUCAUACAUUUGGAUUUGUCUGAUAAUAAUAUUUCUACGUUUGAAAAAAACAUUUUUCGAUAUCAAAACAAAAUGGAACUUUUAAAUUUGAGCAAUAAUAAUUUUUCGAUUAUAUUCCCUAAUAAUUUCCGUGGUUUACAUCGACUACAGUAUCUUGAUUUGUCUUUCGGUAAAUUGCAAACAAUUGAGUCAAAUGCUUUCGAACAUUUAACAGAAUUGCUGGAACUUAACCUAUCGUACAAUGCACUUCAAAAUUUAUCAUUUCUAAAAUUUACUGAUCUAACAAAGCUACAAAAAUUAUCAGUUGCCGGAAAUCAAAUUAUUUAUCUGGAAGAUUUCAUAUUCAAAACAUUGCCUAAUUUAAGAGCUAUUGAUUUGAGCCAAAAUAUGAUUAAAACGGUUGCAUCUGAUACAUUUCUUGGAUUAAAUAUGAUAAGCUUAAUUGAUUUAUCAGAAAAUUUCUUACAAGAAAUUCCAAUUUUUGGUCAAAAUAAUCUUAUAAACCUGGAAUAUUUAAACAUUGGUUUUAAUAAGCUUAAAAAAAUUGAACCAUAUAAUUUCCGACAACUUUCAUCCAUACUGGAAUUGGAUUUAACAAGAAAUGAAUUUUCUCUCUUACCUGCAUCAGCAUUUGAUGGAUUAUUUCGAUUAAAAAAACUCAAAUUAAGCGAACAACGAUAUCUAAAACAAAUUCAGAAUGGUGCAUUUUCUGGAUUAGCAUCAUUGGAAAUGCUAAAUCUAAGUUAUAGCUAUCUCUUAGAAUGCAUUGAUGAAAAUGCUUUUGAAGUAAGCAAUGCUUUACACACCUUUGAUGUUAGCUUCUGUGCUUUAAAAACUUUCCCAUCCAAUUUACUUGAUUGGAAAAGGGUGGCUGAAUUACAGCUAAAUGGUAAUCCAAUUCAUUGUGAUCAUAAAUUAUUAGCAUUCUUACCGGAUAUUUUACGCCUACGAUCCAUUCAUAAUGUUAUUUGCGCCACGCCGGAUGAACUGUACAAUAUUAGUAUUUCAUCGCUGGAUACUGUAGAGAUAACAUUGGAAGAUGCAAAACGAACGCUUAUCAUUCUUUGUCCAAUAUUAAUUAUCUUUACCAUACUUAUCAUAUUGAUACUAUUUUUAUAUUCAAAAAUAACUCCAACUUAUGAUCAAAUUAAAAAAUCAAAAUCAUCAAUUGUUAAACAACGUUUUUGUCAAAAUUUGUCUGAUAAGAUAGAAUGCUUCUCUCCGGAAUACUAUAAUUCGAUUAAUGAAUUCAAUAGUUUUUCAGUAUGUAAAAGUCAAAAUACAUUUAUGAAUUUAAUACAAUCUAAAAGCUUCUAUGAUGGAAUAUCAAUUCAGAUACCGGUGAACGAAAUUUGUACUGAUAAUGAUAUCUUCCUGAAACAAACUGAUUUCAUUUAUUUAUCUACCAAGUGA